UCGAUUGUCUGCUCUCGAUAAUUGUAUUGUUGUAAUAACUUUCCAAACUGAUUGACGGAAAACCAGCUGUUUUUGACAUCAAAUCGCUUACAUUGCGUUAAGGUAACGAUGGCGAAGUAUUUAGGCCUAGAUCGGCUCGGUAAAAUAUUUCAAAUGAUCCGCCAAUCAGGUGGAAUUAAGCAAGCCUAUAUGAAGAUGUACAGGUAUGAUGAUCUAAAAAUUGGAACACUCGUAGGUACAGAUAAGUAUGGCAACAGGUAUUAUGAAAAUCCGUACUACUUUUAUGGCCGCAAUCGCUGGGUGGAAUAUGCGGAUCAUUUAAAUUUGGAAUAUGACGGUUCCCAAAUACCCGCUGACUGGUACGGUUGGAUGCAUUACAAGACCGAUUUGCCACCAACUCGUGAUGGUAGUCGUCCCAAAUAUAAGUGGAUGGCUGAUCACAGUGAAAACCUGUCCGGCACCAAAGAGCAAUAUAUGCCGUACUCAACAACAACACCGAAAAUCGAGGCUUGGGAUCCGAAGAAAUCUAAAUAAAAAGGAGUGAUAUUUUUAAUUAAAUUACACAACAGCGUUAACAACUGAUUGUUAAAUAAAUAAUAAAUAACACAAACCAAAA